CGACGAGAUACGCGAUCCAUCAACGUCGUUCGUGAACACGGAACUUUCUAUUUGCUUUUAAUCGUUUAAUAAAGAUUCGAUAUUAAGCAUGUAUUCCUUUGUUGCUGUAAUUGCUAUCUUCUAUGUAUCAAAGUUUAGUAUCGUUGAUGCACAAUUUCAAAGACAAUCUGAUUGUAACACGCCAAAUCAAGUUGCUGGAAAUUGUAUUACAAUCCGUCAAUGUAUUCCAUUGUUGACUAUGCUUCAAGAGAAGCCUCUCCGAACGGAAACUGUGGAUUAUCUAACACGAUCUCAAUGUGGUUUCGAAGGCAAAGAUCCUCGUGUAUGUUGUCCUCUCUCUUUUGACGAAUCAAAUCAACCUUCUUAUUCGAGGACUGUAUCACCUACAGAAGAAACACGUGCUGGAUUAGAAAGAACAGAGGAUCCUAUCAGCAAUUUACUUAAUAAUCCUUUAUUACCAAGCGAAUGCGGAAAAAGUUUGAUACCUCGAAUUAUCGGAGGAACACGUACCGCCCUUGACGAAUUUCCAUGGAUGACUUUAUUGGAAUAUCAACAUCCAAGAGGACGAACUACUGCCUGCGGAGGAGUCCUGAUUAACGAACGUUAUGUACUUACCGCUGCUCAUUGCUUAAAGGGUAAGGAUUUACCAAAAACGUGGACAUUAACAAGCGUACGAUUAGGCGAAUACGAUACCUCCUCCGAGAAAGAUUGCAUUCAAGAGGAAGACGAAGUUAUAUGCUCCGAUGAUCCGAUCACAGUAGGUAUCGAAGAACAAAUUGUUCAUGAACAAUACAGGCCAUUAUCGAAAGAUCAGAAAUAUGAUAUCGCAUUAUUAAGAUUGUCAAGGAAUAUCGUCUCGACAAAAUAUAUAAAGCCAAUUUGUUUGCCACGAACUCCUUCGUUUGGUCAAAAAAUGUACGUAGCAGGUUGGGGUAAAACGGAGUUUAAUUCGUCCUCAGACUUAAAACUGAAACUAGCAUUGCCUUUGACCGAUAAAAAUGAUUGCGAUAGAACUUACGAUCAAGUUGGUAUCAGACUCGGUUUCGGACAAAUUUGUGCCGGUGGUCAGAAAGGUAAAGAUUCAUGCAGAGGAGAUUCAGGUGGACCACUCAUGUCCAUUGAAAAUUUACCUAAUGGUGAUGGAAUAUGGGUAACCGUAGGAGUUGUAUCUUUUGGUCCUACACCCUGUGGUAUGCCUGGUUGGCCCGGUGUUUAUACUAAAGUUUAUGAUUUUGUUCCAUGGAUAACUAGUAAGAUAAGAUCUUAAGAGAACUAUUGGAGAAAUUUUUGUACUUUUUCGUUUUCCUAUUUUUUAUAAUUUCUUCGUUCUCUUUUUAUCCUUUUUAUUUCUUCUCUUUUUUUUUUCUUCACAAAAUGUACUUCAAUUAAAACCGAUCGAUAAUUAAAAGAAAUUUUAUUCUCGUAUUUAAUAAUUCUACAUGAAAUUACAUUUAUAUUAGUUUUAAGAAUCUUAAUACCUAAAGAAUAAAAGAGAUGAAAAAGAAAAACAAAAGUAAAGAAGAAAACUGCCAAAGUACAAUAGACCAUGUACUCGAUUAUGUCGAAUUUAAUUUAUAUUCAAGCGAUAUAUUGCUACAUUAAUUAUUCUUUUAAUUUAGGGAUUAUUAAUGAAUUGUUUCUAUUGACUUCUUCAUCGAAAGAAUAAAAUUCUUUUUUUCUAUUA